UGAUUUAGGAUUAUGUAAACCUGUAAAUUAUUUUCAGUUAUCUACUAAAAAAAAUGAAAUAUAUGGAGUUUUACCAUUUGUAGCACCUGAAGUUUUAAGAAAUCAACCUUAUACUUUAGCUAGUGAUAUAUAUAGUUUUUCUAUGAUUAUGUGGGAAUUAAUAUCUGGUAUUCCUCCAUUUAAUGAUGAAGCACAUAAUGAGCAACUUGCUUUUAGAAUUUGUAAUGGUGAACAUCCUAAAAUUAUUGAAAAUAUUCCAAUAUGUUAUAUAAGUUUGAUGGAAAGUUGUUGGAAUAUAAAUCCAUUAAAAAGGCCAACUGCAUUAGAAAUUAAAUCUAUUAUUAGAAAUUG